AUGGGCUGUGAUCGGGGGUUUAUUGCCGCUUGCUUUUCAUGCGCGUGUCUGUAUUUUCGUGUUGUUUUGUUUGGUGGUCGAGAUCGCUUUCACUCUUAUUGUGUGUGGAGUAGCACACGACGACAGAAUGUCUCAAUUCAGUGCACCUAAGCGAGUGACAAGGGGCCCCAUCAGCCCUCCCUCGUUAUUAAUUUGGCCUCGGGUACCGCGCCCGCACAUGCCAAUCCCCAUCCAUGCCACCACAUGCCAAAACACCUGAGGACUGCAAUGGCAUCCGCCUGUCUGUGCCGGCGGGAGGGGCUGGCUGCGCUGCGCGCCCAAGAAAGACCCAGACCAAGAGACCCGCCCGCCGCUCCUCCAUGUGGCCAGCCUCGCCCAUGCUCCAAAUUAAAACGGAGGGGCCCCGAUGGACGGGCGUUGUGCUGCUGCCGCAGGUGUUUAUUCUGGGGCCGCCGGGCUCGCCCAUGCGUGGCACUUUUUCCAUUGCAACACGGCCGUCGUGA